AUGGUUACUGAUGAUGGAUUAUGGGCAUCUCUAGGCCCUCCUAUGAUGGCUACAGAGAGGGUGCCAGGCUCCCCUGUGUGUACCCUUUCCAAACUCUCACUACUAGAUAAACUCUCACUACUAGACUUACCUAAUGUCAGCCAGGAACAACCUCCCUCCCUAAUAUCAGCAGAUGGAGGAGACUCAAACCAGAGCUCAGAUGAGAAGCCUCAGAGACUGCCUUUUGGAGGACUUCCACCUAAGCCCCCUCCUGGUAAUAGAAGCCAGGAUUAUGGGCCUCAGCAGAGACCACCCCUACAAGAAGGCAUCAAGCCUCAAGGUCCCCCACCUCCCCCAGGAAAGUCACAAGGACCACCCCCACCUCCUCAAGGGGGAAGACCACCCAGAUCUCUCCAGGCACCACCUCCCCAGGGACCGCCUCCACCUUCUAAGGGGGAAGACCACCCAGAGCUCUCCAGGGACUGCCUCCCCAGGGACCACCUCCCCAGGGACUGCCUCCUCAGUGACCACCUCCCCAGGGACCACCUCCACCUCCUCAAGGGGGAAGACCACCCAGAGCUCUCCAGGGACUGCCUCCCCAGGGACCACCUCCCCAGGGACCACCUCCACCUCCUCAAAGGGGAAGGCCACCCAGAUCUCUCCUGGGACCACCUUCACCUCCUCAAGGGGGAAGACCAUCCAGAUCUCUCCAGGGACCACCUCCCCAGGGACCACCUCCCUAGGGAUCAUCUCCCCAGGGACCACCUCCACCUCCUCAAGGGGGAAGACCAUCCAUAUCUCUCCAGGACCGCCUCCACAGGGACCACCUCCCCAGGGACCACCUCCAUCUUCUCAAGGGGGAAGACCACCCAGAUCUCUCCAGGGACUGCCUCCCCAGGGACCACCUCCCCAGUGAUCUGGGCUUCAAUGACAAGAGGUGAAUAAGAAGAUAUCCGUUAUUCAAAUAAUUCAAUUGCAUCAAAUGCCAUGGCAUUGGAACGACGUCAUCAUAACUUUACCUUUAAUAUACCAAUAAAAUAAUCAGC